CUCACAUUCUCUCUGUCUAUUUGAUUAUCUAUAACAUCAACAGCAUCAUCAGCCGUAGAAUUUAAUAGAAUUUGAUUUAUUGUUAUACACAAUCAAUACUAAACAAGAACAACAACAAUAGAUCAUCUUUGCGGAAUCUUUGAUCAUCAUUUUGGAUUAAAAUUUUAAUACAACAAUAGUGGUGGAUUUACAUAGAAUAUUAUUAUAGAUUACAAUUGUAUAAAUACUUUAAAUAUUAUUAGAAAAUGGUUACACCAAAACUUACAUUACGAGAGGCUAUGGUUACACUCACAACCAUGUUUCCUUCCUUUGAUGAAGAAACUAUCAAGGGAGUACUCUAUCAAACCAAUGGUCAUAUGGAAAGAACCAUAGAGGUUUUAUUGACAAUGGUUGAUGAAGGGGAUACUGGUGCCACCACAAAUCAACCUCCAAUGGUUUCUACUACCAAUACAAAUACUGUUAAUAAUCAAUCAGGUCCUCCACCAUCAUCAGGAAAUAUAGUUAGACAUACAUUGGAUGAGGAUUUCUUGAGAUAUUCAAAUUUAGAUCCAGCAACUGGUGCUACAACUCAAGAGGAAGAAAAUCAAUAUAGUCAAGAUGAAUAUUAUGCACAACGUUUACAACAAGCUUUAUUCGAACAAGGUUUAUCGAAUGCUCCUCCACAAACUCAUCAACCACCUGCCUAUGAAUACGGAGUUGAUAAUAGCUCACCUCAAUAUCACACCAACUCAACAGCAACUGUCAGAAGAAAUGUUGACAGUGGAUAUUCAACAAGAGGAAUUGGUUCGAAUACCACAACAGAAACUUCAACUUUUGAUCAAUUAAGUGACCUUGCAAAGAAAAAGUUUGCAGACUUUAAGAAAAAGUACUUUACUAACAAUAAUAGAAACAAUGCUCAACCUGUAGCAGAUCCAGAGGAAGAAACAAUGAAUAGAGGUCUCUUAAGAGAUGAGGAUGAAGAAAUGGAAAAUUCUCGUUUGUAAAUUAAUAUAACAUUUAACUUGU